AUGCGGCCGCGAGACUAUGCAGUAGUAACGUUGGCGCUCACCAUCUGCGUGCACGCCCUCCCUGAUUUCCGGCCCGUUGAGAAGCGCGAGGAGGUGAACAGCAAAGUCUUUCCGACAAACGCUGUCGCCGACGCAGAUGUGGAUCAAGGGGAGAAGCAUGAGAGGUACCUGCCCACAGCCAAGGCGACGAAGCCCAAGGCACACCAGGCUUUUGGAAAGGUCCCCGCCGUCCGUGGGACGCCCUGCUCCGCUGCUUGCGAAGGCGACCCGAGUGCAGAGGCGUGUGCCUCGUGCUGCCGCUCGGCGCCGCACGAGAUUGAUUGGCAUUGCGGCGGCGACCAGCCGGUCGGAUGCUGCUUGGGCGAGUGGAAAGAGGCGUGCUGGGACGUCGGCUCGGACGAGAACAACGGCCACGCCUGCAACCAGUGCGGACCCGCACGACCUGCCUGCUCCGUGAGCAAUCCGUGCGCGAGCGACGCCUUUUGCAACUUUGACAACGGCGACAGCGGCUUCUGCGAGGCGUGCUCUGAUUGCACGAGCGCCGGAUCCACGUGCGACACGUGCGGACUGCCCGCUGCCGGCGCGAGCGACUGCAACAGCGCGUGCGAGCCAGCCAGCUCCAGACCGACGGCCACCUGCGUUUCCAGCAUCUGCAGCUGCGAAUGCACGCUUCAUGCUACAGCGAUUCUUGAUCCUGAUGAGUUCUUUACGGAUAAUUUUGCGGAAUGCCUUGAGGAGUUCCUUGCCGCACCAGUUUGUGAUCCCAACCAGAAGAAGUCCAAGGCAUGCGGCAACGGUCGCCGCCUUGAGGCUGGCGACUACACCCUCUCCCUCGGCCAGGCGCUUGCCGCCGUCGAGGAGCUGGGCGGUGAUCUCAACGCGACCGCCACGCACAAGUUCGCCUUGCUCCGCGAGGAGCAGUGCGACCGCCUAGCCGCCUUUGCCGACGAGGAGGAGAGGGAGGGCCACGCUCAUCUUCCCCGCCUGAAGCUGGCGGAACUCGUUGGGGAGGACGGCGCUAGGCAGCUCUUCGCCUUCUUCAAGGACCACACGGAGGGGGCCCGCAUCACCAACAUAUUCAUCCGCAAGAUGCGCAGCGAUGUUGGUACCCACCUCAAGCUCCACAAGGACACCGACACCAACAUCCUCAAGGUCUACCUGGGCGGCGAGUUUGAGGGCGGGGAGAGCAUCGGCGUCAACGAGCAGAGCGGGCUGCAGGUCUUCCCAAGCACGAAAGGGUCCGGGCUCGUUCACGGCCCAGAGUACGUCCACGGUCUGAAGCCGCACUCCGGGACCAAGUAUGUCCUCUACCUCGCCGGAGGCAUUCUUCCCGGCAAAAUAGACCUUGCCGAGUCUGCAGGACAGGACCCGCUGUUCCUCGAUCGUCGCAGGACCCAAGAGAAGUACCUUCCCGCAGCUAAGAAGCUGGCAAUGUUCAAGUACUUGCCCACAGCCAAGGCGACGAAGCCCAAGGCACACCAGGCUUUUGGAAAGGUCCCCGCCGUCCGUGGGACGCCCUGCUCCGCUGCUUGCGAAGGCGACCCGAGUGCAGAGGCGUGUGCCUCGUGCUGCCGCUCGGCGCCGCACGAGAUUGAUUGGCAUUGCGGCGGCGACCAGCCGGUCGGAUGCUGCUUGGGCGAGUGGAAAGAGGCGUGCUGGGACGUCGGCUCGGACGAGAACAACGGCCACGCCUGCAACCAGUGCAGACCCGGAUUAGACAUCCCUGUCGACUCUUCCGACUGCCCACGGCAAGAGGAAACGGACGAACUCUUCUUGCUCGAGCUCAAUACUCGACUAGCUCGCCGCCUCGGCAUAAUUCCGGACGGAUGUUUCCUCCCUGAGGAGUUCUUCGCUUUUGCGGAUGGAAGAGGACAGGACCCGCUGUUCCUCGAUCGUCGCAGGACCCAAGAGAAGUACCUUCCCGCAGCUAAGAAGCUGGCAAUGUUCAAGUACUUGCCCACAGCCAAGGCGACGAAGCCCAAGGCACACCAGGCUUUUGGAAAGGUCCCCGCCGUCCGUGGGACGCCCUGCUCCGCUGCUUGCGAAGGUGACCCGAGUGCAGAGGCGUGUGCCUCGUGCUGCCGCUCGGCGCCGCACGAGAUUGAUUGGCAUUGCGGCGGCGACCAGCCGGUCGGAUGCUGCUUGGGCGAGUGGAAAGAGGCGUGCUGGGACGUCGGCUCGGACGAGAACAACGGCCACGCCUGCAACCAGUGCGACGGGGCUGACUUCAACGAGUGCCCAUGGCAAGUAAGUGUGUAG